AUGCGCGUUGUGGGUGGGCGCGAGAUGACAACUCCUCUAGUUUUCCCUCCAUCAGCAACGUGUCUAUGGUACGUAAAGGAUGGUUUGGAAGCCUCAUGGCCACAUCUAUCAUCCUUCAGGGAUGACCGGCCAGCUGGAGACAGGGUGGAGACCUGUGUUGAUGGGCAAAGCUGGGUGUGUGUGAGGUUGUCACAGUCCGUCUUGCAGCUAGCUGUGAGAGCUAGUCGACAAGCUAGAUCGUCCCACCUUUCCUGCCUUCUCCUUGGGUCUGCCUCCAUUUCAGGGAGUAAGGUUGAACCUGCACUGAGUGUGACGCUGCCCUCCCAUCAUUCAGAGCAUGGAGUUGUUGUCGAAGUGGACAGGCUUGAUUUGGGAAGAGAUCUUGGUAACUGCUUACAGCCAACAGCACUGGUUCCGGGGGAUGUUGUUAUUUAUUGCACAGUGAGAACUCUUUUCCAUUACCUGACUGAUGUGUGUGUGUGUCCCAAGGUUGGCUCCUGGAAGUCCAUUAGUGUCACUGAACCUCUGGCGGAGAAAGAGCUGCUGAAGAGGCUGGAAACAUCAGCUCUCUCUCCUCCCAGUCUGCUUCACCUGCAGCUUCACAUUUCAACUCUUGUCGCUGACUCUGCCAAUCCGGAACCACUUGUCUCUCUCACAUGCUGCUGUGUGUAUCCAGGACCGUGCACUCUCACCCCUGUUAAUGCCAUCCCUAUAGUCCCGACAGCUCUAGCACAGAACUUGGCUGGACCCCACCCUCUGUCCCUGCUCCAGGCGUCUGUGAAGUGGGGAUACUUGACCAUGGAAAUCACCAGGAAGUUGGUUCUCUUGCUAAACUCGGACCCCAAGUCUCAGGGUGUUCCUCUGGUUGGAGUUUGGGUGAGUGGAGUUAGUAGCUGUACGCACCCAGCUGUGUGGGCCACGCUGCUGCACUACAAGCACUCCAAACAGCUCACGAGGAGAGCAGGGAAAGGCUCUCUGUGCCUGGUCUACUCCUCUAGCAAUCGGCCUACUCUCUUUCACUUUGACCACCACAUUGAGGACAACUUCACUUACUCUACUGCGGAGCUAGAACUUGAGUUAUGUUCACAGUCUCGUCCACCACUCCUAGAGCUGGUUCCACUGCAUUCUCCCACCUUCCCCAAUGAGCAGGUCCCCCCACGUCAUCAUCAUCUCUCUGCCAGUGAAUAUCGCACUACACCACCUCAGCCAUGUCCUCUGCCAACCCUAGCAAAGGUCUCCCAACUCUCUGCUGUCAGCUUCCUGGAGAAAAGCCUCCAAGGCUCCCUUGACUUGUGCCCAAGAACCACUUUUGAGCUAAAACCUGCUGCGACCCCCGACACUAGCCAUGUGACACAGGGACUGACAGUAUUUCCUGAGAAGAUCCUUCAAUCCUCUGACAAACAGCCACAGAAACACUCGGAGUUGAACAUUCCAUUCCAAACACCUGCAAUGGCCGACAAAGGAACCAACACAGGCCUUAGUCUCUUGUUACUCCAUUCUCCUGAAAAUGCUAAUCCUGACCCCAGUGCUCAUGAUGGCCAGCUGGGAUCUGCUGCCCCCAGUGUUAACUCUACAGUGACUGGUGUGGAGCACAGUGUGGCCACUGGAGAAGUCAGCCUCAAAACUGAGACUUCUGUUCCUGGUGCCAGCUCCAUCAACCUUGACCUGUGCAGUUUCGCUAGCAGUCUGGAGAACAAUUGUGAGGACAGUGUGUCAACUGCUGCAGAAAAUAACUGUGUGCUCAACAGCAGGCAGUUCUACCGGAACAUGCUAGAAAGUGUGCAGGAACUGCUACAAACUCCAGUGGAAAAGGAGGAAGCCAGGAGAGUGACCCAUGGCAACGAGGGCGAGUCAGAAUACAAAGUUCGUCCAGAGCUUUCCAUUCUCCCUAUUCCACAAAUUAGAGCCUCAGUUACAACAUGUUCAGAAGCUACUCUCGACGAAACAGCUCACGCAGCUGAUGUCAUCACAAUGAAAUAUGUGAAUAGUCACUCAGCAGACACAACAAACGUUGAGUCAGGCAGCUACCUCCAACUGCCGUGUCACCCCGACAACCACAUAGUCCUGGAUCUAGGAAGACUACGUUCACUCCCUAAACUCCUAUAG